AUUUAGUAAUAAGUUAUUAAAAACAUGCUAUGAUAUUGGCUAUGUUGUUAUUGUAAUGUGUCAUCAUAUACGUUGCGUUGUAUAACGCUCACACAUAUAACUCUUAUACUUGAACGAAUACGAAUGCCGUCAUAGUAAAUAUCGGUUAUAUAAUCGCGCAAUACUAUAUAUACAUCGUUCCACUCUGAAUUAUUCAGUAAAACAAAUUCUUUAUCACGUCAAGCAUUGUUACAGAACUAACAAAUAAAAAAUGUCGAAACAGUGGUUCGUCAUUGGUAUAUCUGGAGCAACUUGUAGUGGAAAAAGUACGUUGGCCGAUAAGAUCUGCGAUAAUUUUCCAUCUAUUAUGAUACGUCAAGACGAUUAUUUCUUACCAUCGGGCGAUCCACGUCAUGUUAAAAUACAGGGAUUAAAUCACAUGAAUUGGGAAUUGAUAACGAGUCUGGAUAUGCAGAAAAUGUAUUCGGAUAUUAUAAAGAUACUUCAAUCUCCUGGAAAAAAUGUAACGGAUUUGAAGAUGCUACUGAUAUUAGAUGGUUUUUUGCUCUUUAAACACAAGGCCAUUACAGACUUAUGUGAUCGGAAAUGCUUUUUAACGUUGACAAAGGAACAAUGUUGGGAACGAAGGAAAAAUCGUGUAUACGAACCGCCUGAUGUACCGGGAUAUUUUGAUAAAAUAGUGUGGCCCGAAUUCAUCAAGUACAAAAAUGAAAUUUUACAAAAUGAGUUGUAUGAAACUAUAACGUUCAUUGAUGGAGCCAAGGAUAUGGAAGAAAUAUAUGAACAGGUUUUUAAAGAAAUUAGUCAAUUAUUAUCUUAAAAAUGUAACUCAGUUUAACUCCUCUCACGAUUAAAUUUGACUUAUAUAAGUAUAAUCAGCCUGAAACAAAAAGAAGAAUUUUCUUUUACACGUUCCAAAGAUACAGAAAAAUAGGCAUUGGGAAAAUAUUUAAUAUUGCAAAUAAAAAAUUUCAAUCUAUAAGCUCUUUGAUAGUUUUUUGUAAGAGAUCUUUUUAAAGUAAGAAACUUAUGUAAUAUUUACUGAUCAACUUGUAUAUAUGUGUACAUAUAUGUGUAAAAUUGUAUCUUGUACCUUCAGUAAUAUUAGAAAUACAAUAAUUUCAAGAAAA